AUGGGGAAGUCAAAGACGAAGGGAAGGCGUUCUUCCGCAAACGAUAUUGCAAUUUCAGCUGCGGAAAAACCUGCCAACCCUCCCGUCGUCAAUGCCGACUCACUUCCAGACCUCUCCGCCGGGAUUCUAGCCAACCUCACAAAGCGCAUUGAACAGCGAUUACAGGGCCAGGACGGCGCGGAAACUCUGCCACAGAAGGAGGUAAAAGCUCCCACCGAUGAAUUGGGAAAACGAAAAUAUGCGGGACCACAGGCUGAAGUUAAGUCGGAUAACAAAAAGGGGAAGAAGCGAGAUUGGAAUGGAGAGGUAAUAGCUCCUCAGGGAGCUGUAAAAGGAAGAGAACGGCCUAAGGGAAAACGAGAAGGACAUGGAAAUAAAUUGGAAAAUGAAAUAUAUGCGAUUGGAGGGAGUAAAGAGGACUACGACCUUCUAGCGGGAAUUGACUCUGACUCGGAGAUGGAAAUGUCUGCGGUUACGCCCAAGCAGGACGGGAAGCAGGUUAACGAAAACACUCUCCGAAAUGAUAUCGCAAAAAUGCUGAAGGGUGGUAAUCCAUCCCCGGCAUCCAAACCUCCGAGCAAAAAAGUUUCCGUUGCGGAAGCUGUUACACCGGUUCCAGCUUCAAAGCCAUCAAGAGCAGCAAACCCUCCAAAGGAAUCCAAGCCAUCAAAGGAGCCUCCAAAGAAAAUUGACCUAAAGAAACCAACUCAGGCAGAAGAUAGUGAAUCAAAAAAGUUGAACCAGCUCCAUAACUCGCGGUUGUCCAACAUGGUCGUCGAACCUCGACCUGAUUGGUAUGCCAUACCUCUACCCCCAAUUUCUUUAGAAUCGACGAAGAGGAGCGGCAUCGCCCGGCACAUCUUGGACCGUAUUCGAGAAUAUGCUCUCUCUCUCCUUGGCUUGGAAAAUCAAGCCUUUGCAGCUGCACAGCAAUCGUCAUCUUCCCGCAAGUUCUAUUCCACAAUUGUUUCUUCCGGAACCCUGAGCGAUAAGGUGUCCGCCUUGACAUUAGCGGUACAAGAGUCACCUAUACAUAAUGUGAAAGCAUUGGAGAACCUUGUUGGACUCGCUAAAAAGCGAAGUCGAGCCCAAGCUGUUGAGGUUCUUAGAUCGCUUAAAGAUCUCUUUGCCCAAGGCACACUCCUUCCCAGCGAUCGCAGACUCAAAUCAUUGGCCAACCAACCCGCAUUGUUGGCUGCUCUUGAGGGUGUUCCUGGUAACUGGAUGUCGUCAAAUCCUUUACCCAAUGGUUUGGAGCGGAGCCAUCUCAUCGUUUGGGCCUUUGAGGAUUUUUUGAAAGAGCAAUACUUUGAAAUUCUGAAAAUCCUCGAAGUGUGGUGUAAUGAUGAAAUCGAAUUUUCACGAUCCAGAGCAGUAACCUAUGUUUACGAGCUUUUGAAAGAGAAGUCGGAGCAAGAAUCCAAUUUGUUACGUCUUCUGGUCAAUAAACUUGGCGACCCAAACAAAAAGAUAGCUUCGCGGGCUUCGUAUCUUCUACUUCAACUCGAACAAGCCCACCCAUUAAUGAAGCCAACUAUAAUCUCAGCGAUUGAAUCAGACAUACUCUUUAGACCAAGCCAAAGUCAGCACGCGAAAUACUACGCAAUCAUUACUCUUAACCAGACCGUGUUGAGCAGUGGUGAGGAGAAUGUCGCCUCUAAGCUUCUCGAUAUUUACUUCGGUCUUUUCGUUACGCUGUUGAACCCGGCCAAGGAUUCUGCGCGUCAUUCUGAGCAUAAGCAUGGCAAACAUGAUGGUAAAUCUAAGAAGCGACAAGGUGGCACUGCAGUUCCGAAAGGCCAGGCGCAGGAGGAUGAGUUACGCGAGAAGCUUACUGCAGGUGUUUUAACUGGAGUAAAUCGAGCUUACCCAUUUACUAGUUCUGAUGUCGAAAAGCUUUCCAAACAUAUCGAUACGUUAUUCAUCAUUACGCACUCUUCCAAUUUCAACACAAGCAUCCAAGCUUUGAUGCUUAUCCAGCAACUAUCCUCUUCUCACCACGUUUCUUUGGACCGUUUCUAUCGAACCCUAUAUGAGUCUUUGCUUGAUCCUCGAAUAUCCACAUCUUCAAAGCAGUCGUUGUAUCUAAAUCUCCUAUAUAAAUCUCUCAAGUUCGACUUGAAUGUCAAAAGAGUGAAGGCUUUCGUGAAGCGACUCGUUCAAAUUCUCGGACUGCAUCAACCUCCCUUUAUUUGUGGUGUGUUCUAUUUAAUAAGGGAGCUGGAAAAGGCCUUUUCAAGUCUAUCUUCACUGAUGGAUGACCCGGAGAAUGUCGAAGACGAUGAUGAGGAAGUCUUUAGAGAUGUUCCUGAAGAUGAAGAGCAGACUGUUGAGCGGGCGCCAGAUCAGGCAGAGAAGAAAAUGGAAAUUCGAUAUGACCCUCGUAAAAGAGAUCCUGAACACUGCAAUGCUGAUAGAAGUUGUCUCUGGGAACUACUUCCUUGUCUUGCUCAUUUCCAUCCCUCCGUUUCUGUCAACGCUUCCCAUUUACUAGAUCACACCACCAUGUCCGGAAAGCCAGACCUUUCAAUCCACACCCUUACUCAUUUUUUGGACAGAUUUGCCUACCGCAAUCCCAAAGCGGCCCCCGGUAUGCGUGGGAAUUCGAUUAUGCAGCCUCUCGCAGGAGGCGAGAGCAAGGGCUUAUUGGUUACCUCUGGAGGAACUGCCAAGUGCCAAGAACCGGUGAACAAAGAAACAUUCUGGAAAAAGCAAUGCGAUGAAGUUGCCGCUGAAGAUGUAUUUUUCCACGAGUACUUUAACCGCAUGAAUCAGGACAACGCGCGCAAAAUUAAAUCGAAGAAGAAAUCUGGUUUCCGAGGUAGGGGUGGAGAUGGAGAUGAGAGUGAUGCAGAGUCGGAGAUUUGGAAGGCGCUUGUUCACUCCCGACCGGAGCUUGAGGGUGAAGGAGGAAGUGAGGACGAUAUCGAUGUUGAUGAUUUGGCGUCAGCUAUGGGAGAUGGAGAUGAUGGUGAUCUUGAAGACCUCGACAUGGAUGAUGUGGAAAGUGGCGAUGAUGAUGAGGGAGAGCUAGGGGAAGAACCAGAAGACAAAGAAGCCGUUGUGGCCGAAGGAAGCGAAGAGUUUGAAGGUUUCGGAGAUGAGGAUGCGUUUGAGAUGGACGUCUCAGAUGAAGAUGCCUUUCGUGACAGUGAUGAGGAAAUACCUUCUGAUCUGGAUAGCGAAGUUCAAGAACUUAUCGCUGCAGCUACGGACAAGGGAGGCAAGGGAGGCAGGCUUACGAGGAGGCAAAAGAAGAGGAAGCUCAAGCACUUACCGAUAUUUGCGUCUGUGGAUGAUUAUGCUGCCUUAUUGGCGGAUGAUGACCCUGAUGGUGGCUUGUGA